ACCCUAAUUAAUAUGGCUUCUGAGGCUGGAAUCCAGCUGUUUGUUCAGCACUUACUUGCCAAAAAGUACCUGUCUAUGGACGAUUUGUCCGCGUUAGUUCGUGGUAUAUCUCGAGGAACAGGUCAUGACUAUGGUUCUAAUAAGGGUUUCAUCAAGGAAGUCAAUGAUUGCUUGUCUGAGUUAGGCUUUAUGCUGAAGCGAGUUAAUGUUGAAGGCGUAUCAUAUUUUUCACUGAAGGACCUUGAGUCCUUCCAUACUACGACCACUAGAGCUCGUGUACCUGCUUCUUCAGGAACUCGUAAUGAAUCGCGUUCGGAAAACACAAGCCGUGUGUUUGAACAUGUAUUCACGCCUUCUGAGGUAUCUAUUUAUAUGGAUGCGAUGGAACAAGUGCUUACAUCAUUUGACAGACUCCCGAUCGACAUUCAGGACGGUGAAGUCUCUUGGAAAUCCAUUUGCAAAAAACACAAUAUGGGUGACGAAAAAACCCAGAUGUCAUUGGGUUGGUUGAUAGUCAAGUAUUUAUAUCAUUUAGUCAAUCGGUUUGAAAAGGAAGGUUGGCUUCAAUUUGUGGACGGCCGUGAUUGUAUAGUUCCUGGAGUUCGAUUUUAUGUUGAAUUCAUUGAUAACUACGACCUAUCAAAUCAUCCUAUUUGCAGCAGUUGCGGUGAACCAAUAUUGCACUCGGUCAAAAGCUGCCGAUCGUGUACCGGAGCCGUCCACCUACUCUGCAGCACACGUGUUGACGACGAGAUACGUCACUGUCGAAAAUGCGCUCAUGACAUAGCUGAGUCGAACUAAAUUCAAAUUAUAUGUGUUAACAUUUGAUUACUUAUUACCU